GAAGCAUGAUUCGUUCCUAGGGUCUGGCUCCCUCGGUCCUGCUCUCCCCCCAGAACUUUCUGAGAAUGCUCCUGUCCUUCCUCCCUACUGCUGUCCUCCUCCUCCUCCUCCUCUUGGCGUCGGCAACCUCCUUUCCAAAGGAUCUCCUUCCCGGAAGCGUCGUCAGCUUGGCCGGCACAGCCCAGUGCCCUUAUUUCCGAGGUCUUCCAGGGGACAAUGACACCACCCAACUGGGCCUGGAUUUCCAAAGCAUGCUACGACUCAACCAAACACUUUUUAUUGCAGCCCGAGACCAUGUCUACGCCUUUGAUCUCCGAAGAGCCAAGGACGAUUUCUCUCCAAACAGGUAUCUCACAUGGAAGACCCAAGAUAUGGUCAACUGUGCUAUGAGAGGAAAGCUUCGGAAUGAAUGUUACAACUACAUCAAAGUCUUGGUUCUGAAGAACGACCAAAGCCUCUUAGCUUGUGGGACGAACGCGUUCAACCCCAUGUGUCGGACCUACAAGAUCAGCAGUCUGGAGCAGGAGGGCGAGGAACUGAACGGGCAGGCCAGGUGCCCCUUUGACGCAAAACAGACCAACGUUGCCCUCUUUGCAGAAGGGAACCUCUACUCUGCCACAGUGGCUGACUUCCAAGCCAGCGACACCGUGAUCUACCGAAGUUUGGGGGAACGCAGUCCAGUGCUCCGGACAGUCAAGUACGACUCCAAGUGGCUGCGAGAACCUCAUUUCUUGCAUGCCCUGGAGUAUGGGGAUUAUGUCUAUUUCUUCUUCCGAGAGAUCUCCAUGGAGUACACCACGCUUGGUCGGGUGAUCUUUUCCCGGGUGGGACGGGUGUGUAAAAACGACAUGGGUGGCUCCCCGAGAGUGCUGGAGAAAUACUGGACGUCGUUCCUCAAGGCCCGGCUCAACUGCUCCGUGCCUGGCGAUUCGUUCUUCUACUUUGAUGUCCUUCAAGCUGUGACGGACGUGACCCAGGUGAACGGGCGGCCCGCCAUCUUCGGGGUCUUCACCACCCAAUCCAACAGUAUCACAGGGUCCGCCGUCUGUGCCUUCUACAUGGAUGAAGUGGAGCGGGUGUUCAGAGGGAAAUUCAAGGAGCAGAAGAACGCAGAUUCUGCCUGGACCCCCAUCCCUGAGGACAAAGUGCCAAAGCCCAGGCCGGGUUGCUGUGCCGGCGUCGGCCAAGCCUCAAGUUACAAAACCUCCAAUGACUUCCCCGACGAGAUGCUAGGGUUCAUCAAGUCCUUCCCUCUGCUGGAUGAGGCCGUCCCCUCGGUAAUGGAGCGACCGUGGUUCUCCAAGACUUCCAGCAGGUACAAGCUGACCCAGCUGGCUGUAGACACAGCCGCCGGCCCUUUCCAGAAUUACACAGUCCUUUUCCUGGGCUCGGAAGACGGGACACUAUUGAAGGUUCUGGCCGGAACCCACGAGAACUCGACAGUGGAGACCCGGCUGCUGGAGGAGAUCUCGGUCUACAAUCCCGCCCGGUGUAACGUCAAAAAGGAAGAUCGUCGGAUUUUGGGAUUGGAGCUGGACAAAGCCAACCACGCGCUCUAUGUGGCCUUCUCCAGCUGCGUGGCACGAGUGCCGCUCAGCCGCUGCGCCACCUACGGAGCCUGCCGGAGGCGCUGCCUGGCUUCCCGCGACCCCUAUUGCGUCUGGCUGCGCACCGGAGCUUGUGUCCCUUUCAGCAACGAAAUCAGAAGUGGAUUUGAACAUGACGUUGAAAAUGCGGCUAAGUACGUGGGGAACUGCCAAGAUGUGGUAACGGCAACUGGGGACCACGACGGCACCAGUGACUCUGCGUAUGGAGUGCGGCAGGAAUCAGAGGGGAAGGAUGGCUCGAAGACCGUCCAUUUCACCUUCCUAAUCGGCUGCAUCUUCGUGGCCUUCGCCUUGGGGGCCUUCCUGUCAGGCCUCUUUGUCUCCUGCUACUGCAGCCAUGCUUUCCAGAAGGCCAAGCACGGCAACAAAGACCCCGAGGGCAGCAUCCAGCGCCCGCUCUCUCUCCGGAGCCUGGCCAAGAUGAACGGUCUCCUGGAGAACCAGGCCAAAGAGGGCUUGAUGGAAGCGACCGUGCCGAAGCUCUACACCACGCUGCUGCCGAACGAGAAGGAGAUGCCCAACAUGACAGCCAAAGCGGGGGUCAAGGAUCACCCGGAGCUCUCGGGUUUGCCCACGCCCGAAUCCACCCCCGAGCUGCCCAUGAAGAAUAUGAAAGCCAUCCGGAACCAGUGGGAGAAGAACCAGAAUUUCAACAAUGCCAAGGAAUCUCAAGGGAAGGCCCACUUGUUCCACACCCCGAUCUCCAGCAGCCACGCCUUGCCCUUCCCUAGCACCGUGGCCCUUCCCAGCAAUCUCCACGGCUACGAUGCGCCGUUCGCAGGCUAUGUGGACGAGAAGAAGAUCCCAAACUCGGAGCGUGUCCUAGUGCGCCACUCUCAGUGCUACUUGCCCAAAGGGGUGGAAGUCACCACUUUGGAAGAGCUCCUGAAGCACCUCCAUGAGAGCAGCAGCUCCCCGCCAAAGGUCCCUGGGCAUCUUCCGGCCACGGCUCCGCACUCUGGCCUGUCCUUCGCCAACCGGGUGCAGCCCAAGAUCCCGGAUGUCGAGAGCGCCCCCUAUUACAGCUCGUCCACUUUGCCCCGGGACAGCCUGCCUCGGCGGCUUGACGUCCCUCCAGAUCCACCUCCUCAAGCAUGCCUGGAGAAACCAGGCAGGCACCCCUCUCACAGACACUCGCUCUGCGUAGCCCCCAAGCUGGUGAACGUUGGCGGAGGCGGGAUGCUCGCGCGGCACCACAGCCUCAGCCAGUCGGGGCGGCAUCCGCCCGCACUUCUCACCCGCAUGCACUCCACGGGGACCUCGGUGCCGCAGGAGGGCCACAGCAUCUUCCUAGCCAGGCAGCACAGUUACGGCGACCAGGUCUCGUUGCCCAGCCAGGGAGGCAUCAAGCGAUCAGUCUCCAUGAUGAAACCAGGGGUGCCACCAGCGCCUUUGUUCAUGCCCUCUUCGCCUCCGGCCCAGACCUCAGGGCAGUUCAAUUACUGAGCCAUUUGGACAAGGGGCUAUUUCUCGCUCAGAGGCGUAGGAUCUCUCCUCCGCCUGCUCUUUCGGCCCUCCCAUCUUACCAUUUACCAACCAGAGGCAGCUGGAGAAAUGGUUUUCCCGGGGACUGUAAAUCCCAGCGUGCCUUGCGGUAGGGAGGGGCCUGCUUUGCGAACAGUGGGAGGAAGCGCUGGGCUUACUUUAUUCCCAGUGGAUGCCUCCUGUGAGCGGCAGCUGUCCCGAGGGCCAUGCAGAAUCCUGCCAAAGUCAUUCGGCUGCCACUUGGACACUGGGGGGCGGGCAGGGAAGCCUCUCGGGCAAGGCUGUGCAUGUGCCAACCUCAGUGAUCUUGCCCAUAAUUUUAGUUCUGCAAAUAAAGAGGGAGGGAAAGUAAGGCGGAGGCCAGGGGCAGCUGAAGAGCAGAGAGUGAACGAGUUUGGCCAGUCAGGGCAAGAGGCAGUAGGAAGCGGGGGAAGAGGCUACCGAGUUGUGCAAGACGCUUGCUCAGACACCUCCACGGGAUUGGGGCUCUUAAAUUUCUGUGCUUAAACUUUGCUUAGAACAGGAAAAUCACAAAAACCGAGUGCUGAGUCCCGCUUGUGGAUGCAGCGAUAGGGCCCUGUCCCAGGUUGGUUUACAUCUCCGCAGUUUCUACGGGCCGCCUGCUUUCACUUUGAGAGGCACGACUCCCAGAUCUUGUGAGCUUCGGCUGAGAUUCCUUCCUGAACUCCGCAGUGGCUCCCAGAGAGAGAACUCAACAUGCCGUGUGGCCUGGAGGACCCAGCUGGGAGUGGAACAAGUUGGCUUCUGGACCAGCGCACAGGCACCUUCGGGAAGGGGACUAGAACACAGCACGUUCACAGAGUUCCCCACCAGUGGAAAAGCGUGGCCCUUCCGUCCACGGUACGAGCACUUUUUUCCCCCUGAGGCCAGAAUAUGGCAUCUCUUUGGUGGCCAUCUUGGAAAUGCAAAGCACACUCCGAACAUUAGGAAAUGUUUGUGGAGAUGGCACACCAUCCAUGCCCAUCCUUGGCAGAAAGAAAGGGUUUCCAGAACACGAGGUCCUCGUCGUUUCUCCGGGCUUACAUCUUCAGCACCGUUCUCAGCCAAGGAGAACGUUGUGGCUAGUAGAUCGAGGAUGCUCCUUAUGGGGAGAAUAUAACACUGAGAAGCACCUGACAGGCCCUACAAAAACCAGGAGUUUCUACACCGUAUUUCUGUUCCCUGUAUCUGCUGUUUUAAAGACAGCGAGGAAAUACUGAAGGGCAUCUGUUUCGACGACAGCUGACUGUCCGGUUUGGCCCCAUCGCUGUCAGUCCUGGACAUUCUCCCCGGCCUUGCUGCAACUUGGCUGCUUUCCAGAAUUAUUUCAAGAUCUAAGGAACUGGGGUGGAUUGUCAAUGACUUCUUUGGCUCCAGCGGUAUUGGGGUUUUUUU